UUUCAUAGACAGAACAAGGAAGUAUCAAAUGACCACGUAUAUACACUCCACAAUGCACGGAGACAUGGCGAGACACAAUAGAACACUGCAACAUUUGGUGCAGUCGAAAACUGUCUCAGUAAGUUGUUGUUUUAGUGUUCAUUAAACUAUGUGAAUAAAGUCUGCUAGUGCUAUAUUCUUGUCUUUAGUGCUUCUAAGUGAUCAACUAUUGUCUCCUCUGGUUUCACGUUUCACAAAUUUUAAACAGACAGCAUUUGAAUGUUUUAAAAAAAUAUUUCUACGGUGUACAGGAAAAUGGAUACAGAACCAGAGACUCGUUCGUUCAAGGAAAAACUGAAACUUCUUGAAACACAAACCUCAGGUGCACUUGAAACAGAAAGAACAAAAACUUUAGUCAGACAGAAAACGUUUGUAGCACUUAUGACUAAAGCUGAUUGCCCAGAGCCAAAUAGCUCGGUUGACGUUCUACUCAGAAACAAACCCCCAUCAACGCCAGUGCUUAAGCCGAAGACCUCACUAAACGCAGUGACUCAAAACACGCAUGCACCAGAGACAGCGUUUCUACCUCAUGCCUGUGUAGGCAAAGCAUCCCAAAAUAACUCCUCUUUGAAGACAGGAUCAAACGCCACACUAGACACUAUCAAAAACGUGAAACAUGCAAGAAAGCCCAUGCCUCUUCCAAAACCCUUUCAAACAGGUCAUUCUUCUGAAACACAAGACGAACCUAAUAAGGCAACAAUCCCGAGUAAUGCAGAACUUUCCAGCAAACCACGAAACUAUACGAACGUUUAUGUUUUUCAAAUCCCAGAAGACAAACAAUCACUUCCGGGUCACGACAACAAAACAAAGCCAAUUUAUUUGACUGCUAGCGAAUCUUUAGAUACAUGUUUCACCAAACGCAAAAGAAAUCCAAGGGAUGACUAUGAAGACUAUGCAAUAAAUAUACAAACUCCUAUUCUCGAAAAUGAGGAUGUUUGCCAAAGAGAUUCAGACGAUGAUUAUGAAAACAGCGAUUUUCGUUUAAACGCCCAACUAUGUGUGGUUGACAGUGGGAAACAAACUUCUUCGUAUGAUGAGUCAAAGAACGUGUUAAGUUUAAGGCAAGAAAAUUGUUUACAAGAAAUUUCUCCUGAGAAGUUUUACAACACAUUGCCUAAGCGAGACGACUCUGUCCAGAAGGUGGUGAACGAUGCAGGCCUAGACAAACUGUCAGAACCAGAAGAAAGUGUAAAGACCCCAAGGUACGAUCAAAGAGGUCAUGACACAGCCCAUAUAGAUCUUCUUUUAAUUGGAAAAACUGGCAAUGGGAAAAGCGCUCUGGGGAACUCUAUCCUGAACAGAAACGCCUUUGUGAGUAAGAACAGCACAAGUUCAGUCACUAAGAUUGUUUCAAGGGAGACUAGCGAGGUCAACGGAAGAAUUGUUAGCGUGGUUGAUGGACCUGGAGUCGGAGAUACAGACUUAGGAGCCGAACAAGCUCAGAAUUUGGUCAUUGAAGCUUUAUCAAGUGCAGUGGCAACGAAUCCCAGAGGAUUCCACGCCUUUUUGUUAGUCCUUAAACUUGGGGGAAGACUUACCUCUGAAGAAAUGGAUACCAUUAACUUUUUGAAGAAAAUAUUAGGGAAGAAUUUCUUUAGAAAGUUUGGUAUUUUGGUGAUGACCUGCGGUGACCAGUUGGAAAAAGGAACGGAUUUCCAGAUAUGGGUAUCAAAGCAAGAAGGAGUCUUGUCAGAUCUUGUCAAAGAAUGCAAUAACAGAAUUAUUUUAUUCGAUAAUAAAACUGAAGACAAAGAAGAGAAAGAAAAACAGUUGAACGAUCUAAUGAGAAUCAUUGAUCAUCUUGUCCUGGAGAACUGUCGGUAUUCAAACGAACAGUUUGACCUGGCUCGAUCAACACGAAAUGCAAUCAUCUUAGAAUCAAAGAAGCCGGUCAUAGUGGAGGAGUCGAUGCUUGAGGCCAAUCUAAUAAUGCAGGGAAUUGAAAGUUGCCAGGUUGACGCCAUGGACACCAAAUCCACCAUUCGUUUAAAUGUACUUUUAACACGAGCAAAGGCUUUGCACAAAAAGCUUAUUGUUGAUGAUAAAAGCACGGGGGUUUUGAGAGAAAUGAUUUCACACGUGGAGUCGGUUCAGAAUACAAUCCAAGUUGAAAUACAAUUGUCUCAGAGAUUGUCUGAGAUUUAUAGAAAGAUGGAAGAAAAAGAGUUGCAGUAUUCCAGAGAUGUACACAACAAAUUAGGGAGAAAUUAUAACACUUUGAACGAAGAGAUGUGGAGAAGGGAAAUGGAUGACUGCUUGGCGAAGAACCAAUCUCUGCAGGCGGAAAAAAACAGAUUGUUCCAGCAGUUGAAAAGCAUUGAACAUUCAAACCGAGAAACGUUCUUGUCCAAAGUGCAGUCCAAAGUGUCUAGAGCAUUCAUGUUUAAAAUGAAACAGAAACAGAAGAUCAAGCAAAAAGAGCUUCAUAAAAAUCUGGAUAAAAAUUACGACUUGGUUUAUAUUUAAAUGAACUUUAUAAAUGUGUUCAGAUCUAGCAUAGAGCUUAUCAUAACGGAAUUGAUUUUUUUUAAGAGAAAAAGUAACCUAAUGGUUUGUUGCUCACUUCAUUGUAAUAUCUCUGAUUUUAGAUAUUAUUGAAUGUUAAUACGUAAAUAAUGGUACAUUUUAUUGUUUAUUUGGUUAUAAAAAGCAUUCAACUUAGACCAAACUUGUAAAAAUGUUUGUAAAAUGUUUUACAUGUUUCGGAUGUUACUUCAGAGUUGAAGGUAGUUUACUUCCUAGUCCAAACCUCCCGCAGGACGACGGGGGAUGGGAGCGGGCAGGAUUUGAACCCUCGACCAUCGAUAAAUCCGAACGACAGUCCAGCGCGCAAACCGCACGACCAGGCAGCCAUCCUUUUAAACUUUUAAAAACAUCGUCACUUCCUUAGACAAUAAAAUACAUAUUAAUGGAAACAGAUUAUGUCAACAAAAACAGACACUAUAGAUUAAGAAUGAAAUGUAAGUUUUGGUAGUUUGUUUGUUUUUACAUGUUUCGAAUGUUCGGACAUUUGGGGCCCUUCUAAAGUUGGGGCCGGGGGGACUUUCAAAUUAUGACUCUACCCUCCUUCCAACCUUAGCUACGCCACAGUCCAGGACGCAUACAAGGCAGCCAUGUCAUUCUUUGGUGUUAGCAAAACAGCCUUGACUCUAUUUUACCAUGCGCUCAUCGGCAGUAUUUUAAGUCUUAACACCUAUGCCUUUUUUUAAAUACAAACAUUAACACACACACACAAAAAUAAUAACACAUCCAAAAUGGCAACAAUGAAAGAAGA